AUGGCUAUCCUCUUGAAAUGGGCAAGAAACACGUUUCGAAGAUCUCCGUCCCUUCCCAUGUGUUUUCCCACCAGUGGCUUCGAAUCGGUCGCUCCAUCUAAGCUCCUUGACGAGGAACGUUUCGAAGAGUUCAAGAAAGGACAAUAUUAUCCCGUCAAUAUUGGCGAUGUCUUCAGUUCCAAAUACCAGGUCAUUGGUAAGCUGGGAUUUGGUGUUACCUCAACAGUAUGGCUCGCCCGUGACCUUGAAGGUCAUCAAUAUGUGACACUCAAGGUAUAUACACGUAAUGAAACCAACCAGGAAGAGUUCCAGAUUUAUAAGCAUCUGAACCAAGGGAACCCAUCUCAUCCUGGCUAUGCUCAUGUGAGAAGAGCGCUAGAUAUACUCACCAUUCCUCGUGCCGGAGGGGACCAUCACUGUCUUGUUCAGAAACCAAUGUGGGAGAGUUUCAGGGAUCUGCUAUAUCGCAACCCUAAUCAUCGAUUUACUGAAGAUCUACUCAAGCUUGGUCUCAUGCAGGUUCUUCUUGCGCUUGACUAUCUCCAUACCGAAUGCAAGCUUGUCCAUACAGACAUCAAGGGCGAUAACAUUCUUCAAGAAAUAGAGGACAGAACUAUCCUUGACAGUUUUACUAGAGCUGAACUGGAGAACCCUUCGCCGCGAAAAUUCGUCAACGGCAUGCCAGUGUAUGCUUCUCGACGGUUUGAAUUGCCAAAGACAUUCGGCCGAGCAGUCCUGAGUGAUUUUGGUUCAGCUGUACGAGGAGAUGAGAGGAGAAAUCAUGACGCACAGCCCAAUGUUUACAGAUCGCCAGAAGUAAUGCUGAAAACUGAAUGGAGCUACCCAGUUGAUAUAUGGAAUGUUGGCGUCAUGAUCUGGGAUCUGUUUGAGGGCAAGCACCUGUUCUAUGGCAAUGAUCCUGAUGGGAAAGGGUAUUCCACCCGUGCACAUCUUGCUGAGGUAAUUGGCAUUCUGGGGCCGCCUCCUUUAGAUAUGCUCAAACGUGGCAAAAGGAGUCAUGAGUUUUUUACUGAGGACGGGAAAUGGAAGCAGGACAUAGAGGUACCAAAUCAAGUAAGUUUGGAAACGUCGGAAGAGUUUCUCGAGGGAAGAAAUGAGGAAAUGUUUUUGGCUUUCGUGAGGAAGAUGCUUCAAUGGCGACCUGAAGACAGAAAGACGGCAAAAGAACUGCUCCAGGAUCCGUGGUUAAAUGACGAGAUAAAGUAG